CAGAAAUUUGGCAUAAGGCUUUUGCAUCAGGUCUUUGUAACAGUCUUUGUAAGCAACACAAAUUUUUUCACAUCAAAUUUUUAAGGAAAUUUUGGAAGAAUUAAUAAUAUUUAUAUUAUAUAUUUCUAAAACGACCAAAACCGUUGGCAGAUCUUUAAAGCUGAUUUUCAUUUUGUUUUAAAAGAAAGAAACGAAAAAAGACAACUUAAGAAAAGAUGCCACGUGGAAAGUACGUCAACCAUAAGGGAAGUAGCCGCCACUUUACUUCGCCGGAGCAACUGCAGCUGGACUGCGAAGAAGUAAAAUCCAGUAGCAGCGACAAGGAGCCCGGAGCAGGAACCUCUAGCUCCGGGCAGGACCUAACUGACCCAGGAAAGGUACCUACUUCUGAGUCAGAUUCCGAGGAUAAGUCGGAUGACUCUGGGUCGGAAAUGCGAAAUGCUAAAAAGGGGGUGACCUCCUUGAUUCAGAUCGAGAAUCCCAACCGGGUGAACAGGAAGACUGUGCAUAAGCUGUCGGGCAAAAAUGCAGGGGACUUGGGAGGAGCAUCUAAGCCGGAACUGUCGCGUCGCGAACGCGAGCAGAUCGAGAAGCAGAAGGCACGUCAUCGGUACGAGAAGCUACAUGCCCAGGGCAAGACCGCUGAAGCUAAGGCGGAUUUGGCCAGGCUGGCACUGAUCCGGCAGCAGCGGGAGGAGGCCGCCGCCAAGCGCGAGGCGGAGAAGAAGGCCCAUCUAGAGGGGAAGAAGCCGGAUUCCAGUCGAUUCAAAAUUAUUUAGUUUUGAAAGCCGAUUGUUUCCAAUUGUGAAUUGUAUAUUAUAAUAAAUCGCCAUGUGAAACUCAGCUAUUGAGACGAAUCAUGAAACAAUAGUA